CCGUGGGAGGCCCGCCCUGGUGCUGACUGCUGCUUGUGGCCUUGGGCAGGCCGGAGCAGAGGGGCCAGGAGCCGCCUGUCCUGCCCACACCCUGCCGGGGCUUCCCUCUCCCUCCCUCCACUGAAUCCGGCCUAGGUUAAUUAUAACUCUGACCUAAGUGCCCUGUGACACCCUGCUCCCCCUCCCGCCCCCCCCUCCCCCGGCCCUGCCUGGAGAACCCAGCAACCAGAGCCUUCUGUUCCCCAGGUCCAUGUCUCAGCUAUGCUCCCCACGGACGAGCCCCUGUCCCACCUGGGCCCCUCACUGCUGCUGUUGCUGCAGCUGCAGCUGCUGCUGGCCCCCGCAUCUGCCUUCUUCCCCAAUAUCUGGAGCCUCCUGGCUGCCCCCGGCUCCAUCACCCACCAGGACCUGACCGAGGAGGCGGCACUCAACGUCACCCUGCAGCUCUUCCUGGAGCAGCCGCCCCCAGGUCGGCCCCCCCUUCGCCUUGAGGACUUCCUGGGCCGCACUCUCCUUGCUGACAACCUCUUUGCCGCCUACUUCGGACCUGGGUCUCCUUCCCGGCGGUUCCGAGCAGCCUUAGGAGAGGUGUCUCGUGCCAAUGCCGCCCAGGACUUCCUGCCGACUUCCAGGAAUGACCCUGACUUGCACUUUGAUGCCGAGCGGCUGGGCCAGGGGCGCGCACGCCUGGUGGGAGCUCUAGGGGAGACUGUGGUGGCGGCCAGAGCCCUUGACCACAGCCUGGCCCGCCAGCGCCUCGGGGCUGCGCUUCAUGCCUUGCAGGAUUUCUACAGUCACAGCAACUGGGUGGAACUGGGGGAGCAGCAGCCACACCCUCACCUCCUCUGGCCAAGGCAGGGGCUGCGGAACCUGGCGCAAGUGGACGAUCCUACCUGCUCCGACUGUGACGAGUGGAGCUGCCCUGGGAAUUUGCUGGGCUUCACACUCCUCACCUCUGGCUACUUUGGAACUCAUCCCUCCAAACCUCCAGGGAAAUGUAGCCAUGGGGGCCAUUUUGACCAGAGCAGCUCCCAGCCACCACGGGGAGGCAUCAACAAGGAUAGCACAUCCCCAGGCUUCUCCCCACACCACAUGCUGCACCUCCAGGCUGCAAACCUGGCCCUUCUGGCCUCCAUCCAGGCCUUCAGCCUCCUGCGAAGCCGCCUGGGAGACAGGGGUUUCUCCAGGCUGCUGGACAUCACCCCAGCCUCCAGCCUGAGCUUCGUCCUGGAUACCACAGGAAGUAUGGGCGAGGAGAUCAAUGCUGCCAAAAUCCAGGCUCGCCACAUUGUGGAGCAGCGACGGGGCGGCCCCAUGGAGCCCACCCACUAUGUCCUGGUGCCUUUCCAUGACCCAGGGUUUGGCCCCGUCUUUACAACCAGUGACCCUGACAGCUUCUGGCAACAACUCAAUGAGAUACAUGCCUUGGGAGGUGGAGAUGAGCCCGAGAUGUGCCUGUCAGCCCUGGAGCUGGCCCUGCAACACACACCUCCACUCUCAGACAUCUUUGUCUUCACUGACGCCUCCCCCAAGGAUGCCUUUCUCACCAACCGGGUGGAAUCUCUGACUCAGGAGCGGCGUUGCAGAGUCACAUUCCUGUUGACUGAAGACCCAUCUAGGGUUCAGGGCCGACCUCGGCGUGAGGUCUUGUCCCCUCUGCGUUUUGAGCCGUAUGAAGCGGUGGCGCUGGCCUCAGGAGGAGAGGUGAUCUUCACCAAAGACCAGUACAUUCAGGAUGUGGCAGCCAUUGUUGGGGACAGCGUAGCUGACCUGGUGACCCUUCCCCUGGAGCCUCCUGUUGUGGUGCCUGAGAGGCCACUUGUGUUCAGUGUGGAUGGGCUGCUCCAGAGGGUCACAGUCCGGAUCCAUGGGGAGGUCAGCAGCUUCUGGAUCAGAAACCCUGCAGGGGUCUCCCAGGGCCAGGAGGAAGGUGAGGGGCCUCUAGGUCAUACUCGCCGCUUCGGGCAGUUCUGGAUGGUGCGCAUGAAUGACCCCCUGCAGACAGGAACCUGGGAGAUCCAGGUCACAGCCAAGGGUACCCCCCGGGUGAGAGUGCAAGCCCAGACCUCCCUGGAUUUCCUCUUCCACUUUGGGAUCCCCAUGGAGGAUGGACCCCACCCUGGCCUCUACCCCCUGACUCAACCAGUUGCAGGUCUCCAGACCCAGCUGCUGGUAGAAGUGACAGGGCUGGGCUCCAGAGGAAACCCUGGAGAUCCUCUGCCGCAUUUCUCCCACGUCGUCCUUCGAGGGGUCCCGCACGGUGCCGAGCUGGGCCGGGUGCCUUUGGAGCCCAUGGGACCCCGGGAGCGAGGUCUCCUCGCUGCCUCGCUACCGCCCACGCUUCUGUCCACCGCGGGACCCUUCUCUCUGGAGCUGAUUGGCCAGGACGGGGUGGGGCAGGGCCUGCACCGGGUGGCCCCCCAGCCCUGUGCUGUAGUUCCUGUCCUUCUGGAGGUGAGAUGCCAGCGGAAGGUGCGGCUGCGGCUGGAGAGAACAGGGCCUGCUGCUCCUCCCCUGACCGGCCCUCCUCCGCAGCUCAGUGGUCCCCCGGGUUUCCUGGCGCCGGGCACCGAGGCCCCGCUCAGCCUCCGCAUUGCCAGCUUCUCGGGCCCUCAGGAUCUCGAUCUUAGGACAUCCGUCAACCCCAGCUUCGCUCUCACCUCCAACCUCUCCAGGGUUCGCCUGGAACAGAACGAGUCCGCCUGGGGGUGCCUGUGGCUGAAGGUACCAGACACAGCCACCUCAGACUCCGUGGUGAUGGUGACUGUGACCGCGAUGGAUCGAGAAGCCAGCACAGUACCCCCCACCCAUACCUUCCUCCGGCUCCUGGUGCGGGGCCCCACCCCGCAGGACCAGCUCCCUGCCCCCGUCCACUCGACUGACCCUGUCCUCACAACCACCAGCCCUGCCUUUCAUCUUUCCACCUUGGUGACUCCGGGCAGGGCUGGGGGAGGGCUGGUGGGCAACCCCUGGUGGGGCACAGUUGGAGCGGUGCUGCUCCUGCUAGGCCUGGCCUCCUGGUGACGCAACAGCCCCUAGAGGGAUGGGUCUCCGGCACCGUUUGCCAUCUUGCCCCAUUGGUAAGAAGGUAACAUGGGCCUCCGGACCCUACCUCUCCCAGGUGGGUUGGAGGGUUUCCUUCUCAUGCACUUGGCCCUUCCAAGAUUGGGAUAGAAGGCAAUGGAUUUUCCCACAAUGCACUUUCCCUAACCCUUGUGGGAAACAAACCAGACUCAUUUUUGGAGAAAGUUGCUUUCUAUUUCUCUGUAGCAUCUUUUUUUUUUUUUUGGCUGCAUUGGGUCUUUGUUGCUGAGCACGGGCUUUCUCUAGUUGCGGCGAGCUGGGGCUACUCUUUGUUGUGGUGCAUAGGCUUCUCAUUGCGGUGGCUUCUCUUGUUGCAGAGCACGGGCUCUACGCACGCGGGCUUCAGUAGUUGUGGCUUGCGGGCUCUAGAGCACAGGCUCAGUAGUUGUGGCACACGGGCUUAGUUGCUCCGUGGCAUGUGGGAUCUUCCUGGACCAGGGCUCGAACCCGUGUCACCUGCAUUGGCAGGUGGAUUCUUAACCACUGCACCACCAGGGAAGCCCUCUGUAGCAUCUUUAUUCCACUACUUAUUCAUGCUCUCCCAAGCUCAGGUAGAGGGGAAGAUACAUGGGGCAGUGACUAAGAUUGGAAGUGGGGAGGAGGGUACCCCACCUCCUACUGAAAAGUGUUAUUUAUAGAAUUGCUUUUAUUGAAAUUCUGAAGACGCUUCUAUUUUAUUUUUGAAAUUCUGGAGAUGCUUAUAUUUUAUUUUUGUAUUUAAAGUUAAAGGACAGUGCCAAUAAACAUGUCUUUUCCCCAGAGAGAUUUCAAAGAAAGAUCACUUAUGCACAUCAUAUAGGGAAGAGUGAGAGCGUAAGAUACCAAAAAGACGAAAUGGAAGUUUUCAGGAGUGGAGAAGAAAUUUCACAGCAAGAUGUCAGGAUUUCAGUUGACCCGCCACCUGGAGCCAUUUAGCUAUUGAGUCAAGAAGCAGAAUAAGGAGGCUGGGGGUUCUCACUCAGCCUUGCCAGCACAACUGAGGGGAACCAGAGGAGACAUUAGACACGGGUAGGGCCCCUCCGUCCAUUGGGGCAGCCUGGCUGAGCCAUUUCCCCCUUUGGCUUAGUGACUCCUUUCUGCUGCCUUGACACUACCUGGAGAAGAGGAGGGAGACAGUCUGGGUGUCUGUGCCCUCCCUCCCACUGAGGGCCAGGGCUUCCGCCCUCCCCCCACUCCUCUACUGCUUACGUGUUGCUGCCACAUGUUCUGCUUCCUUGGCCUUCCCUUCCAGUCCUGGGUGGCGCAGGAACUAUCUUUGUUCAGGGGAUGUGGGGAGAACUGUUGGGGGAAUUCGUUGUUUUGUUAGACCAGUGCUGACCCCAAGUCCCCUCUUUACCCCCACUUCCCAAGAGUAAACGAAAAACAAUAAACUCACCUUCCCCUGAA